AUGACAGAUUCUUCAUUACUUUCACACAUUUCAAAUCGUGCUAAAGAAAGAGUACUAGUUUCAUUUGGAGGUGCUCCUAUCCCAGAAACGGUUUCAAAACAUCCAUCACCAAUUUCUUUAGCAGGUGGACGUCCACAUGCUGAAUUUUUCCCAAUUCAUAAAUUACAAUUAGAAAUAAUUGAUGAACCAUUUUCAAAUAAAUUAAAACAUAACGUUAAUGAAGUUGUUAAGUUUAAUGACCAAACACUUGAUCUUUCCACUGGGUUACAAUAUGGUCCUACUGAAGGUCAUGAACAAGUCUUGAGCUUUGCUAAAGAGUUGAUUAAUAAGACUAAUCAACCAGGAUAUGAUGAUUGGGAUUUAAUUUUCACAAAUGGUACUGGUGAUUCAUUACAUAAAGUUUUCAACUUGUUGAUAAACCCAGGAGAUGUUGUCCUUGUGGAGAGUUAUACAUAUGUACCAGUUGUGGCAAAUAUAGUUAACUAUGGAGGUAUUGUUGUUUCUGCCAAAUUAGAUUUCAAUAAAAAAGGUAUUGAUGUUGAAUGGUUAAGUGACUUGUUGGAUAAUUGGGGCAAUUCAGAAUAUUCACAUUUAUCUAAACCAAAAGCUUUAUAUACGAUUCCAACUGGUCAAAAUCCAACAGGACUUUCCAUCAAAAAUGAAGAUCGGUCAAAGAUUUAUAAAUUGGCUCAAAAGCAUGAUUUUAUUAUAAUUGAGGAUGAUCCAUAUGGGUACAUCCAAUUGGGGAAAUACACUGAUGGUGAAACAAAUCAAUUUGAUAAUACAGAUGAAUAUUCAUUAGAGAAGUAUAUUGAAGAUGAUUUACCAAAUUCUUUUAUUCAGUUUGAUACAGAAGGACGUGUCCUAAGAUUAGAAUCAUUUUCAAAAGUGUUUGCACCAGGAACAAGAUUAGGAUUUAUUGUUGGAUUGAAAAAUUUCAUCAAACAUAUUUCAAGACAUACAUUAGUUUCAACAAGGGCAAGCUCUGGAGUUUCACAGAUUUUAUUGAAUAGUGUUUUAGAACAUGUUGGAGGAGUUGAAGGUUGGUUGAAAUGGAAUAUUAAGAUCUCUAAAGAGUAUACCAAGAGAAAGAAUUUAUUGUUGAAGACAUUAUUUGAUUCUGAUGCGUUUACGAAAGGUCAAUUCGAAGUUAUUGAGCCUGAAGCUGGUAUGUUCAUCAUUAUAAAUGUUAAUUUCCCUGAAAAUGAAGAUGGUGAUUAUAGAGAGCCAUUAGAACAGUUAAGAUAUAAGACUUUAGAAAAUGGUGUUUUAGUUGUUUUAGGUAAAAACAUGGCAUUUGAAGAAGAAUAUUCUAAGCAAGCCAAGUUUUUGAGAUUGACAAUAGCCACACAAGAUAGUGAUGGAGAGAUUAUUGAAGGUGCUAAUAGAUUAACAAAAGCCAUUAGUGAAUAUUUCACUAGAUAA